CCUAAUUCUUGAAGAUUGUUGGCAGCAGUGGAUGACUUGAUAAUCACUCAAACAUUGAACAUUUGUGUUAAGGUUAGAUUUGUUUUCGACAAGUAAAGAAAUUUCCAUUUCUCUCGUGAUAGUCGUGGUACUAAUCUAAAAUGUUGUUUUACUCAUUCUUUAAAUCCCUUGUUGGGAAAGAUGUUGUGGUCGAAUUAAAGAAUGAUUUAAGUAUUUGUGGUACCCUACAUUCUGUCGACCAGUACCUGAAUAUCAAACUUACGGAUAUCAGUGUUACAGACCCUGAUAAAUAUCCUCAUAUGCUGUCAGUGAAGAAUUGUUUCAUUCGUGGCUCUGUGGUCCGAUAUGUUCAAUUACCUGCUGAUGAAGUAGAUACUCAACUCUUACAAGAUGCAGCUCGGAAAGAGGCAGCAGUGCCAACUCGAUAAAAUUUAUCUUAAGAGUAUUACAUUAAUAAAUUGACCAUUUGCUGCUAAUUUUCUAAUGUGUUGAAAUUCACCAUCCAGGUGUUUCAUGUCAUUUCUCAAUUUUCCUUGGAGAUCUAAGAUUGUGUACCUUCUCUGUUUAAUUUAUGGUUCCUAAUCUUUGUUGUUUCCCAUUUCAUUUCUUGCAAUGAUUAAGUUUUUCCUAUUCUUCUCUCCCAUAUGUAACAGCGUGUUAAAUUAAAAUUGCGAGUUAAAGUGCUCUAAGAAUUUUGAACUAUAUGUUAAGUUUUACUGUAAGACUAAUCAAUGCAUGAAUAUUUUGCUGAUUCUUUUGCCACAUUACAAUUUCUUUUAUUUUUCUUGUGUGUGUAAUCAGUUUUGGCUUGUACAAAGUAAGACAGCUCCCUUUGUAUGGAGAAAUUCCUAUCAAUGCAUUUUGUUUCUUGUCAUUCAAAUUUAAUUUUUAGUUUAUGUCUGUUUGAAAUGUGCUUGUACAAUGUACAAUUUUCAUAAAUUGUAAAAUAUUACAUUGAAAAUAUCAA